CAGCAGCAGCAGCAGCAGCUUCGCACACUCCCGAAAGGAAGCAGCCGACCUGAGCCCAGAUCCCACACCGAGAGACGGAGACAUGGCCUCUCGAGUUGCAGCGCUGCUCUUGCUGGGCGUCAUCUGCGCCCGGUUUGCACAAGGUGAGAUGGUGGUGGACUGCUGUCUGAGCACCACCGACAAGUUUUUCCCGCUGAUAAAGAUUGAAACCUACACGCUUCAGCAUGCCGGACAGGGCUGUGACCUCAGCGCUACUGUGUUCAUCACAAAGGCUGCGAGGACUGUGUGCAUCGUCCACCCCAGUGCGGAAAAUAAGCGGACGAAAUGGGUGAAGUCUCACAUUCAAUAUCUGGACAACAAAAAGAGAGCGAGGAAGUAAUGAGGCAGACAGAGGACUGGAUUCCGGGGGGAGAAAGAAAGAUGGCUGAAGAUCAAGUAGUCUCAACCAACGGCUGAAGACGGAAGCAAGUUUCUUUUCCAUCUCUGUUCAGGCGAUCCAAAACGUCUGGAGAGGAUCAGAAGUUGUAAUUUAAUGAGGAAAUAUCAUGUUGUCGUAUUUAUGAUGAUGUACUGUUUGAGUGACUUCAGACACUGGACACUGAAUGUACAGUUCGAGAUGUGCUGUUUCUUCUCAUUUGUGAUGAAUGCAGUGUAAAAAAUCCAUGCCUUUGUAAAGAAAAAAAUUGUAUUCUCUCUGUUAGUAAAAUGUUCUAUAAAAGUUGAUUUCCUUGGAUCGAACCCUGCGACCCUGUUUGUUCCUUAUGGGGUGCUUGUGAAAAACGGAAUUUACACAUUGUUAUGUAAUUUGCUGUUACAUUGUACAAAGUAUUGAGAUGAUUUUUCAAUUGUUGUUGAGUUACUUUUACAAUAAAGUUUCACAUCAUUUGCUCUAA